CCAGUUAGACUGGAGAACGAGUGGGUGAAGGGUGCCUUGUCUUGGUUCUAACUUGUUUCACCUCGUAUGUAUUUCUCAUUGAGUCAAAGAUCACCACUGCGAUUUCGGUACACUACACAGCAAAAUGGAGAGAGUGGCAGAUAUCCUCAGUUCCCCUCUUCAGAUAGUCGCCUCAGCCUUGAUUUUUGGAGCGGUGUUUUUGUUAAUUUUCGAAAUUCUCAGGAUCAAAUUUCCGCGGUACAGAAAACCGCCUGGUCCCACGCCUUUGCCUUUCAUCGGAAACUCGCUGCUGCUAGCCCGGGAGCCGAUUAAAACAUUUGCGCAGAUGCGGGAGAAGUACGGUGACAUCAGCCUUGUCUACAUUGGCCGAACACCCACGGUGGUCCUCAGCGGAUUCAGGGUGAUCAACGAGGCGCUCGUGCACGCUGGUGUGGCGUUUGCGGGGCGACCCACUAUUCCUGUGUUUGACUGGAUCAUUCACGGACUGGGCAUAGUGACGGCUCCCUAUGGCGUGUCCUGGAAGCAGCAGAGACGGUUUUCCCUCGCGACCCUCCGCAAUUUCGGCUUGGGGAAGAAAUCUCUGGAAGAGCGCGUUUCCGAAGAGGCGCUGUUCCUGGUGCAAGAAUUGGAGAUGCAAGGAGGGAAGCCUGUCAACACCCACUUCACCAUCAACAACGCUGUGUCCAACAUCAUUUGCUCGGUGGUGUUCGGGAGCCGGUUCAAGUACGACGACGAGGAUUUCAGGCACCUGCUUGACAUCAUAAAUAGGAACUUUCAGCUUGUGGGCUCUUUGACUGCACAGGUCUUCAACCUCGCGCCGUUCAUCAAGCACCUCCCUGGACCACACCAGCAGAUCCGCAGGAACUCAAACGAGGUCAUGGCAUUCAUCGGGAAAUUGUACCGGGAGCACAAAGAGACCUUCGAUCCGGAAAACCUCCGGGAUUUCCUUGACGCUUAUAUCCUGGAGAUGGACAAGCAAAAGUCAGAUCCCGAGUCGACGUUCUUCGAAGAGAAUCUCUUCAUGACCAUUGCAGAUUUGUUCCUGGCGGGGACUGACACGACCGCCACAACGCUAAAGUGGGGGCUGCUCUACAUGUCUCAGUAUCCAGAGGUGCAAGAGAGGUGCCACCAGGAGAUAGUGCGUGAGGUUGGGUAUGACCGGCCACCGUCCUUAAACGACAAGGACAGGCUGCCAUACGUGGAGGCCACAAUCCGCGAGAUCCAGCGAGUGGGAAACAUUGCCCCCAUGGGCAUGCCCAGACAAGUGACAAAAGAUACAAAGCUCCGUGGAUACACCCUGCCAAAGGGGACCCAGGUAUUUUGCAACCUGUCCUCCGUGCUGAGUGACAAGGACUACUGGAAGUUCCCUGAUCAGUUUAACCCUGAGAACUUCCUGGAUGACCAGGGCCAUCUCUGCAAGCGUGAGAGCUUCAUACCCUUUGGCACAGGGUUACGUGUGUGUCCAGGGGAGCAACUGGCUCGCUUGGAACUCUUUGUCUACUUUAGCGUUCUGCUGCAGCGGCUGGAGUUUAUCUGGCCUGAUGGUGCUGGCACCCCCGAUCUAGCUGGCUCGUUUGGUCUGGUCCGAACCCCCUUACCAUUCCAGCUGAUCUGUCAGAGCCGGGACAGGGCGGGCCAAGCCAAGUGAAACACUUUGGGGUUGGACAGGUGGUACUACUCAUCAGAAUGCAGAUUAAUGUGUAAAUCAAGGGUGGGGAAACUCAUCUUUCUGGAGGGAAUAUAUAUAUAAUUAUACAAAAAUAAGUUUGAAAAUGAAAGUCUGCUGGUGUUUCAAAAGGAAUACAUGUGUUUUGGUUGAAAAUGUUAAGUUACAGUGUGUACCCUGCAGUGCAAUGACUGUAGCUGCGGUACUGCCACUGCUUUUACUAAAACUAAAAUCAGAACGUUGCCCUCUGCUAGAGCUUGUGGAGUGAAUCGGGGGUCACUGAGCAAAAGGACAUUCCAAUGUUUCGUAAAAAAAUAAAAAUACAAAUAAAAGGACAUGGCUACAGGUUACAGCAUAUCAGCAUCUUCAAGGCAAAUUCCUUAUCAUGAAUCUCACUAUUGUAUGGAUCUAACCAAAGUAAACUGAUAAUGUAGCUCUAAAGUUUCCCACUUUUAGAAACUGUAUCAAAUUAAAGUGUUUCUCUUCUAAAUUAGUGUCAUUUCAGCAAAUAAGUGUUUGUGUACCUAUAGUUCAACUGUAAGCAGUGAGAAUUAUAAUAACCGUUUAUUUUGGAUAACAAAAUAGAGAUUCCGUGCAGUUAAACUGUUCUAUACAGUAGGCCUACAGUGUAGAGUUUGAGACCAUUCCUUUCACUGUAGUCGUUUCUCUAACAUGGGCAAUGGGGAUAAAAUAGAUUAUCUCCCAAGUUUUAGUAAGACCGGGAAAGACAUUUAGGAAUGUCAGGGAAAAGAGAGUAAAUACUGUACAGCACGUCCCUCUCCUUCUUCACAUAAUAACUGCUUCCAUUGUUAAGAUGAACAAGGUUAAAAUAGGAUGUUUAUCGUUUCUCUGUCCCGUUUGUAACGUCUUUCCUCGGUUGGUUUCCAAGGGUAAGAACCAUCCGGAAUGAUUCAUGUUGUUUGGCUCUGUUACUGCCUUGACAAUUCUGGUGUUACUCUCACAUUAUCACUAUUACCACCUAGACCAAAACAUCCUCCCCCUGACAUACUUCUUCAGCAAAUGCUUUCAAAAGCGAGGAUGGCAUGAAUGAAAGCAUACUUGCCAAGUCUCCUAGUUUCCACUGUCUGAUAUCAUUUAAGGCAGUUUUGUUUUAAUUUAAUAUUACUGUGCACCUGCUACAGUAUUGUAGCUUUAUAAAGAAAACAAAGUUGGUCUCAGUAAUGCUAAGUUAUGUAUUUUUUAUCUGACCCAAUAUAUAUAUAUAUG